CAGCUGUUCACUAACCACCAUGAAGCAGCAGGAAGCAAAGAAGAAGAAAAAGAAGACGAAGAAGAAGACAACCACGAAAAAGCAUGGCUGCUAUUGGGGUCCACUUUGGUCAUACGUGCGCGUGUGUGGCGAUAUUUAAGGAUGGACGAGCUGAUGUGGUGGCAAAUGAUGCAGGGGACCGCGUGACUCCAGCCGUCGUGGGCUACAGAGACUCUGAACAGAUCGUUGGUAUUGCAGCGAAGCAGGGUCAGGUCCGAAACGCUUCUAACACGGUUGUUAAAGUGAAACAGGUUCUGGGGAGACGAUUUGAUGAUCCGGUGACACAAACUCACAGAACUCAGACUAAAUGUCAGGUCAUUAACAAGGGAGAGAAACCUUAUUAUGAGAUUACAUGUGGAGAACAAACCGAGUAUGUUGCACCAGAGGAUGUUGCCAAACUCAUUUUCCACAAAAUGAAAGAAACGGCUCAAUCAGCCCUCGGGUCUGAUGUCACGGAGACCGUCAUCACCGUUCCCUUUGAGUUUGGAUCCUCUCAGAAACGAGCCUUAAGGGUGGCGGCUGAAGCAGCAGGGUUUCACGUCCUGAGGAUGAUCCACGAGCCUGCUGCUGCUCUGCUAGCCUACAACAUCGGACAGGACUGUUCCUCUGGGAGGAGCCAUGUUCUGGUGUAUAAGUUGGGCGGGACAUCUCUGAAUGUGACGGCGCUGCAGAUCAAUGGAGGACUGAUCCGGGUCGUCUCCACCUACACGGACCACAGCAUUGGAGGGGAGAGCUUCACCCAGGCUCUGGCCCAGCACCUGGCCUCGGAGUUCAAACGAACCUUCAGACACGAUGUGAGCGAUAAUCCUCGGGCCCUGCUGAAGCUGAUGAACAGUGCCGACAUGGUCAAACACUCGCUGUCGUCUCUGGGAUCGGCCAACUGCUUCGUUGACUCUCUUUACGAUGGCGUUGACUUUGAAUGCACCGUCUCCAGAGCUCGCUUUGAGCUGCUCUGCUCUUCACUAUUCAACAGAAGCAUCCAACCAAUCAGAUCCUUGUUGGUCGAGGCCGGCCUUUCAGCCAGUGACAUUAACAAGGUGGUUCUCUGCGGUGGCUCAGCCAGGAUUCCUCGUCUGCAGUAUCUGAUCCAGGAGAUGUUUCCUGAUGUGGAGCUUCUGAACUCUGCACCACCAGAUGAGCUCAUUGCUGUAGGAGCAGCCAUGGAGGCCGGCCUGCUGGUUGGCAGAGACUGUCUGGUUCCUGAGGAAGAGUCUGUCUCAGUGGAUGUUUCUGCAGCUGACAUCCUGCUGAAGGAGGUGGAUGAAUCUGGAGCCGAGUCUUUUACCGUUCUGCUGCCUUUGGGCACCCCUCUCCCUGCUCGCAGACAUCACGUCCUUUCUGGAGAAGGAAAGCUUUCCUCCCUCUGUCUUGAGAUUUACCAGAGGUUUGUCAAAGAGCAGCCAGAGAAGCUAUCAAAGAUUAUCUUGAGAAACCUGCAGCCCACAGAGGAGAAGCACACCAUUGAUGCUGUAGUGACCAUGAAAAGGGACGGUUCUGUACAUGUUUCAUGUGCAGCACAGAGCAACGGUAAAUCGGAGGCGGUCACCGUGGCAGCAGCAUCAUAGCUUUGCAGUCUCUUUGCUGAAAGGAUGCUUUUGGCUGGAUGAUGAUGUAAUUUGUUUUAAUACAGAUGCAAAAUAAAGCAGUUUUCUAGUAAA